AUGCAGACGGUAAUUCAACAAAUUCAUCAGGCCAAUUUGAAGGCCGUCCUGCUGAGUAGAAUUAAUCUCUUCUUUAUUAUCUUUAACUGUGUGGCGAUGCUGAUUUUUAUUGUGACGUGGUCCGUGUCGAUUGCAAAAGAAGGGGGUGGGGUUCUGGCGCGCUAUGCGGCUUGCAUUAUCUCCUUUAUUCUCCUUGCCGUGGCCACGUUUCUCUCGGCGAUGGUGCACCGCAAGCAGCCACAGCUGCUACUGUACUACGCCCAUGAAGCCAUCUCGAUCCUUGCCCUCAUCCUCACCGCCAUCUCAAUGGGCACCAACGACGUGGUGGUGGACCUCUGCAACACGAAAAGGGCUCUGUCAAACACACAGUGCGGCUCGCACACAGCGGAACUUUUGGCACAAAUUAUGGCGUGCAUUUCGAUGGGGUUUAAUUACGCCUCCACGCAGCAGCGCAUUGUAAAUUUUAUUGACAAGGGAAUCCUUGACGGCAUUAGAGGGCGGUCCGGUGGCAUGACGCAGCUGCCGUAG